GCAGCAACGAACAACCCCCCAAAAAAUGUAUUCAUAGGCACGAACAACGGGGCUCCCCAUAAUCUCCUGUUUCGAUACUAUUUGACUGUAUAUGCACUUGACUCGCUCUAAUGACAUGUUCCUUUUAAGAAAGACACGGGUAGAGGUUUCGCCCAGGGGGUGGGACGAACGAACUUCUCCAGUAUCGGAGAGCGUACUGAUAGCCUCUUCAUAAAGCAUCCUCUGUCGAGAAGCAAUAGAUUUUUCUUUAUUAUCGCAAUUACUUGAAUUAUUAUUCUUUUUAAAAGAAAAGCACUCCCGACGCUUAAGACGCUAGAUGAAUUCAACGGGGAAACGUACUUUGCUCCUUCUUUUUGUGGCGCUUAUAACGCAAGACUGCUUCUCCUCUAAAGGGGAGGACCGGCUCUUCAGGCGGCUCUUCCGCAGGUAUAACCAGUUCAUCCGGCCGGUGGAGAACGUGUCCGACCCGGUGACCGUGGAGUUCGAGGUCUCCAUUUCCCAGCUGGUCAAAGUGGAUGAAGUCAACCAGAUCAUGGAGACCAACCUCUGGCUUCGACACGUCUGGAAUGACUACAAGCUGCGAUGGGCUCCUGUUGAAUUUGAUGGAAUCGAGCACAUUCGCGUCCCGUCCAAUAAGAUAUGGCGGCCGGACAUCGUGCUUUAUAACAAUGCUGUGGGGGAUUUUUUGGUGGAAGACAAAACCAAAGCCCUGUUGAAGUUUGACGGGACGGUGACAUGGGUCCCCCCAGCCAUCUUUAAGAGCUCCUGCCCCAUGGACAUCACCUACUUCCCCUUUGACUACCAGAACUGCUCCAUGAAGUUCGGCUCCUGGACCUACGACAAGGCCAAGAUCGACCUGGUGCUGAUCGGGUCGAAGGUCAACCUGAAGGACUUCUGGGAGAGCGGCGAGUGGGAGAUCAUCGAUGCCCCGGGGUACAAGCACGACAUCAAGUACAACUGCUGCGAGGAGAUCUACCCGGACAUCACCUACUCCUUCUACAUCCGCCGGCUCCCGCUCUUCUACACCAUCAACCUGAUCAUCCCCUGCCUGCUCAUCUCCUUCCUGACCGUGCUGGUCUUCUACCUGCCCUCGGACUGCGGCGAGAAGGUCACACUCUGCAUCUCCGUCCUGCUCUCGCUCACCGUCUUCCUGCUGGUCAUCACCGAGACCAUCCCCUCCACCUCGCUGGUCAUCCCGCUCAUCGGCGAGUACCUGCUCUUCACCAUGAUCUUCGUCACGCUCUCCAUCGUCAUCACGGUCUUCGUGCUGAACGUGCACUACCGCACGCCCAUGACGCACACCAUGCCGGGGUGGGUGCGCUCCGUCUUCCUCCGCGUUCUGCCGCGGAUCAUGCUGAUGCGCCGGCCGCUCGACCAGCAGGAGGCGCUCAAGGGCGGGGCCGGGAAGAGGAGGAGGAACAGCGUCUCCCAGCAGGGGGCGCUGGAGUACGGCGACAGCAAGAUGUCCCUGGAGCACAAGAAGUGCCUGUGUCAGCACGGCAAGGAGGCGCCCGACCCCCCCGACCCCAAACAGGCCCGGCAGCUGAACCCCCAGUCCAUCAGCACCGUGGUGGCCUUCUCUGUGGUGUCCCCUGAAAUCAAGCAGGCCAUCGAGAGCGUCAAGUACAUCGCCGAGAACAUGCGCAGCCGCAACAAGGCCAAAGAGGUGGAAGACGACUGGAAGUAUGUGGCGAUGGUGAUUGACAGGAUCUUCCUCUGGGUUUUUGUGCUGGUCUGUGUGCUUGGAACACUGGGCCUUUUCUUCCAGCCUCUCAUUGGCUUCUUAUCAUAGUCCCGCCUCCAACCCUCCCGGCUGUGCACACACACCCCCCC